CACAUUUAUCUCAAAUGAGAAAAUUAUCUAAUCUGCUUCAUAUAGUAUUUGAAAUAUUUCAGUAUUUGAAUGUAACUUACAUUGAUGAUUUAUUUUGGAGUAAAGACCCAGUAACUAUUUUACAGAUACAUUUUGUUUGUACGACAGACCUGAUGGUCUUCUUAUAGCUUUGGUUAGUUUUGAUAAGCACUGGUGAUGUCGUUGUUAGUAGCAGCUAUUGAUUUUGGGACAACGUUUUCUGGGUUUGCAUUUUCUUUUAAGCACGACUUCGACAGAGAUCCACUUAAAGUGUCAGCCAAACAAUGGAAUGGAGGUCAAAUGGUCUCAAUGAAAACACCGACCUGUGCGAUGAUAAAGUCCGACGGCAAAACACUUGAGGCUUUUGGAUACGAAGCGGAAAACAAAUAUGAAGAAUACGCAUUAACUAAAAGCCUCGAAGAGUAUUACUACUUCCGCCGAUUCAAAAUGAUGCUGCACGGGAAAAACAAUAUCAAGCGAGAUGUUACGAUAAAAGAUCAAAAUGGAAGACCACUUUUGGCUCAAACAGUUUUCUCCUUAUCUAUCAAGUACUUAAGGGAUGAUCUAUUGAAAACGGCAGGAAGCAUUACUGGGAUAGACCUAAAAAAACAUGAUAUACACUGGGUUCUGACUGUACCUGCAAUUUGGAAUGACGCUGCAAAACAGUUUAUGAGAGAAGCAGCACAAAAGGCGGGUAUUCAGGGACAGAAGCUUACGAUAGCUCUAGAACCCGAAGCAGCAAGUUUAUACUGUCGCCAUCUACCGGUAGAAAGAUGCGGUUCAGACGAAGUAUCACUAGCACAAUUCCCUGUCGGGACAAAAUACCUUGUUUUGGAUGCCGGAGGUGGAACAGUUGAUAUCACGGUCCAUGAAGUUAUGGAAAACGGAAAGGUGAAAGAGCUAGAAAAAGCAAGUGGAGGAGCAUGGGGAGGAACUAAAGUUGAUGAUGCUUUCGAAUUAUUUCUAACUGAAAUUGCUGGUAACUCAGAUGUGAUGAGGAAACUCAAAGUAGACUAUAUGGAGGAUUUCAUAGACAUGUUCCGAUAUUUCGAAUUGAAAAAAAGAGAAGUAAGACCAGAAAACACAGGUACAGUAACAUUUCAAAUACCGGCUUCAUUCAAAGAACUAGUAAAAAAGAUAGCAGGUAAAAAAUUACCGAAGGCAGUAUCAAAGUCAAAGUACAAGGGAAAGGUUGAAGUUGUCACUGGCAAGCUUAAAGUUGAUGUUGAUCUGUUAAAACAAUUAUUUCACGAAUCGGUCAAGAGUGUGGUGGAUCAUGUUGGUUCGCUUCUUCGUAAACCUUCGGUACAAGGAUGUAAAGCAAUACUAAUGGUCGGUGGCUUUUCAGAGUCUCCGAUGUUGCAAAUGAAUGUCAAGAAAUCAUUUCCUGAACUUAAGCUUAUUAUACCGGAUGAAGCAGGAUUAGCAGUUCUGAAAGGAGCCGUAAUCUUUGGUCACAAUCCAACGGCUAUUGAUCAAAGGAUUUGCAAAUUUACUUACGGAGUUAAUGUUGGUCACUUUAAGUCACCCUUUUGCACGCAUGCACCAACAAGAGUAGUACGUGUCGACGAAGGAAAUUUGAUUUGCUAUGAUCUUUUUAUGAUAACAGCCCGGAUAGGUCAAUCUGUUACACUUGGCGAAGAGCAGGAGGAGCAUCUUGUUCAACCAAUUUACGAAAACCAAUCAGGAAUUCACGUUGAAGUAUAUGCAACGUCUUCACCGAACCCUCAGCUUGUAACCGAAGACGGAUGCUCGAAAAUUGGGCAGUUGCAUGUUGAUAUACCAGAUACAUCGGUGGGCACUGACAGAGAGUUUGGUGUGUCAUUCAUUUUUGGAAGAACAGAAAUUGAAGUUAAAGUUGUGGAUAAAGAAUCCGGCGAAAUAACCCGUACAUUCGUUGACUUUCUACAAAAUAUUUAAUGUAUAUAAACAGAUCUUUCCGGUCGAAAUGAACUAUGGUCGUUUGUAUUUCACUGUUGAGACAUUUAUACACGCGGUUCUGAAGAAGAGGUCUGCCUCAAAUGUUUGUUGGGAUAUAUGAUAAUUUUUUAGCAGUUAUCUCCUUGACAAUUGUAGAAUUAUUAGUGUCAGUAUCGAUUAAGUAUCUUGUGUAGUUUACUGUGACCUGGUUGUAUCAAAUGUCACACUGCAUUAUCAGUUAUUGUUGCUUUGUUUUGAAAUUCAUAUUCGUGUCUUAUAAAUAUUCUGAUAUACAAGUGUUUGAAGACGUA